ACAGCGCCCCCCGCAGCACCGGAGGCCCGACUGCACGGGAGAGUCGGUGUCGGUCGGAGGGUGUGGACACGGAGGCCGGAGUCGGCGCCGAGCGGUUGAGCAGCCACUGAUCACGGGGCGUGGACCAAGUGACCACCGUUGAGCUAAGCUGCAGUAACGGGCCGCAUUGUAACCCUCCCCCCCCUCGCCAUCCGGUAACAAGAGUAGCGGUCAGUGGUCAGCCGGGAUGGACGACAUCUUCACCCAGUGCCGGGAGGGCAAUGCUGUGGCCGUACGCCUCUGGCUGGACAACACUGAGAACGACCUGAACCAGGGCGACGACCACGGGUUCAGCCCCCUGCACUGGGCGUGUCGCGAGGGCCGCUCCAACGUGGUGGACAUGCUGAUCAUGCGUGGGGCACGCAUCAACGUGAUGAACCGCGGCGACGACACGCCCCUGCACCUGGCCGCCAGCCACGGGCACCGUGACAUCGUGCAGAAGCUGAUCCAGUGCAAGGCAGACGUGUGCGCGGUGAAUGAACACGGCAACACGCCGCUACACUACGCCUGUUUCUGGGGCCACGACGAGGUGGCGGAGGACCUGGUGAUCAGCGGGGCCCUGGUCAGCAUCUGCACCAAGUACGGGGAGACUCCACUGGACAAGGGCAAAGUUCACCUGCGGGAACUGCUGAAGGAGCGCGCAGAGAAGCUGGGUCAGAGUCUGACCAAAGUUCCCUACAAGGACACGUUCUGGAAAGGAACCACCCGCACACGACCAAGGAACGGGACCCUGAACAAACAUGCCGGCAUCGACUUCAAACAACUCACCCUCACUCACAAGAUCAACGAGAACCACUCUGGAGAGCUGUGGAAGGGUCGGUGGCAGGGGAAUGACGUGGUGGUGAAAAUGCUGAAGGUACGAGACUGGAGCACCCGGAAAAGCCGCGACUUCAACGAGGAGAGCCCCAAACUCAGGAUCUUCUCACACCCGAACGUGCUGCCGGUUCUAGGGGGAUGCCAGUCCCCGCCCGCCCCCCACCCCAUCAUCAUCACCCAUUGGAUGCCGUACGGAUCCCUCUACAACGUGCUGCACGAGGGCACCAACUUCGUGGUGGACCAGAGCCAGGCGGUGAAGUUUGCGUUGAACAUUGCGCGAGGCCUGGCGUUCCUGCACACACUGGAGCCGCUCAUCGCCCGGCAUUACCUCAACAGCCGCAGCAUCAUGAUCGACGAGGACAUGACAGCCCGCAUCAGCAUGGCCGAUGUCAAGUUCUCCUUCCAGUGUCCUGGACGCAUGUACGCCCCCGCCUGGGUUGCACCUGAGGCUCUACAGAAGAAGGCGGAGGAGAUUAAUCGUCGGUCAGCGGAUAUGUGGAGUUUCGCCAUCUUGCUGUGGGAGCUGGUGACCCGCGAGGUUCCCUUCGCCGACCUCUCCAACAUGGAGAUCGGCAUGAAGGUGUCUCUGGAGGGUCUGCGGCCCACCAUCCCACCGGGCAUCUCCCCGCACGUGUGCAAGCUGAUGAAGAUCUGCAUGAACGAAGACCCCGCCAAGAGACCAAAGUUUGACAUGAUCGUGCCCAUCAUGGAGAAGAUGCAGGACAAGUAGCGGCCGCGGGCACCGGCCCACCCACCCACCCUCGACCGCCCCACCAGCCUUACAGCACCAGAACCUCACACAGCCGGGGAGCCUCACCCAGCCAGGCCCACCGACCCCUUCCCACCCACUCGCCACUGUGACCUGUACCGACCCCCCUCCCUCAGUGACCAGUGUCACAGUGUCCCCCCCCCCCCCCCCCCCCACGGUGAGAAAUUUCCGGGGGGCUAUCCCCCCCCCCCCCCCCCCCUCACUGUGACCAGUUUUGGGUUGCAAUCCCCCCCCUUACCCCACAGUGAUCAAUAUCGGGGUGCUAUCCUGCCCCCCCCCUGCUCUGUGACCAGUUUUGGGGUGCUAUCCUCUCCCCCCACAGUGACCAGUUUCGGGGUGCUACCCUCACUUAUUCCACUGUGACCAGUUUCGCGGUGCUAUCCCCUCCUCCCACUGUGAACAGUUUCGGGGUGCUAUCCCUCCCCACUGUGACCAGUUUCGGGGUGCUAUCCCCCAACCUGUGCCUUGCUCCUGGCCUCUCAUGGGCGGUGUGCGUGUGUGCUGGAGACCUUGUGCCUGUGUCCCUGAGCUGUGGCCUAACCUCACUAACCCUCAGUCUGACCACACACUGUCCACCCCUGCACGCUCCCCUCCCCCAACACCUGCCCAUCAUGUAUCUAAUUUAUACACCACUUGUAUUUCAACUUAUUGUAUCACUGCUGUUUUAUUGAAUAUAUAACUUUAUGGAUUUUGCAUUAAAAACAGAAAGAUUUCCAAUC